GCGCACUGCGGAGUCCGUCCUGGGCGCGCUCGCGGGGGCGGCGGCGGCGGCGGCGCGGCCUCUGCCUGCCUCAGAUCCUGCUUUUCCCAAGAGAAGAGGAUGGCUGCUGGGUACCUGACCUCUGGGCCGCAGGAGUUAGUGGCCUUCGAGGAUGUGGCCGUGGACUUCUCCCGGGAGGAGUGGGCUUUGCUGGACCCCGCUCAGAAGAGGCUCUACAGAGAGGUGAUGCUGGAGACGUGCAGGAACCUGGCCGCCCUGGAAGCCUUGGAGAACGGAAGUGCCGAUGCAGGCGUUGAGUUUGGCGCACUGUCCCCAACCCAGGCCUCUCAGGCCGCCGGUCCUUUCCCACGAAUGGGGGGUUCCCUCUUUCUACCGGUGGUGCCUUUCCAGGCGGAGCCAGGAGAAGCCGUGUGGAUGGGGGAGGAAGGAGCUCCUCGAACCUCCUGGUCAGAUUUGGAUGCUAGACUGAAAAGCCAAGCAUUGUCUUGUAAGAAGGCGGUUUGCGGGGAAGAACCACCCAGAGGUAUGAAUAUAACAAAGUUUCCCAAAGAAGACUGGGGACAUGGUGAACUUGAGGGGAACCGUGAAGACCCCCACAGCCUUUCGAGGCAAGUGGCAAACCCCCAAGUGGAGGUGUUUGCUCAGAGGGAGACCACCGCCUGGCCUGAGCUUGGGGGAGCCUGUGCUAUGAGCUCAGACCUUGCUUUAGCUCAAGGAGAUUCUGUCGGAAAACAUUUCCGUGACUGUGGUCUAGAUCUUGAGAGUUUGGUAGCUGAUCCAUUCUUACACCAGCAUCAGAUGGGAUUCACAGAUCAGAGACCCUGUGAAGGGAACGAAUAUGGAAAAGAUGUCAGCCACAGUAGUCCCCUCAGUCAACAAAACGGAGCCGCGGACAGCGGGGAGUCGCGUCGUCGUGGUGUGGCCCUCACGACACACAACACGGUGAAUGUGGCGGGAAAACCCUAUGAAUGUCAGCACUGCGGGAAGGUGUUUAACCGGAGGCAUUCCCUGAGUGAGCACCAGAGAAUCCAUACAGGGGAGAGACCGUAUGAAUGUCAGGAAUGCGGGAGAGCCUUCACGCACAGCUCAACCCUCACGCGGCACUUGAGGACUCAUACUGGAGAGAAGCCCUACGCAUGCGGCGAGUGCGGCAAAACCUUCAACAGGAUUUCGUCUCUGACCCAACACCAGAGGAUCCACACAGGGGAAAAGCCCUACAGAUGCAAAGACUGCGGCAAGUCCUUCUGCCAGAGCUCUUACCUGAUCUUGCACAAGAGAACACACACAGGUGAGAAGCCCUAUGAGUGUAAUGAGUGUGGCAAGGCCUUCAGUGAUCGCUCCUCACUUAACCAACACGAGCGGACUCACACCGGUGAGAACCCCUAUGAGUGUGGCCAGUGUGGAAGAGCCUUCAGCCAGAGGUCGUCCCUGGUCAGGCACGAGCGGACUCACACCGGAGAGAGGCCGUACGGCUGCAGGGAGUGCGGGAAGGCGUUCAGCCAGAGAUCACACCUAAAGUUGCAUGUGAGAACCCACAGCGGAGAGAGAACCUACACGUGUAAAUUAUGUGGGAAAAGCUUUCCUCGUACCUCUUCCCUCAACCGGCACAUAAGGAUUCACACUGCUGAGAAAACCUACGAGUGUCAGCAGUGUGGGAAAGCCUUCAUCGAUUUCUCAAGUCUUACCAGUCACGUGAGAACUCACACUGGCGAGAAGCCCUAUAAAUGUAAGGAAUGUGGGAAAGCCUUCAGCUACUCCUCAACUUUCCGGAGACACAUGAUAACGCACACUGGCGAGAAGCCCUAUAAGUGUAAGGAAUGUGGGGAAUCCUUCAGCUACUCCUCAACUUUUCGAAGACACAUGAUCUCACACACGGGGGAGACCCCCCACAAAUGUAAGGAGUGUGGAGAAGCUUUCAGUUACUCCUCAGCUUUCCGCAGGCAUAUGAUCUCACACACUGGAGAGAAGCCCUACGAAUGUAAACAAUGUGGGAAAACCUUCAUUUACCUGCAGUCCUUCCGGAGACAUGAAAGGAUUCACACCGGAGAGAAACCCUAUGAGUGCAAACAGUGUGGGAAAACCUUCAUUUAUCCCCAGUCCUUUCGAAGGCACGAAAGGACUCACGGUGGACAGAAGCCCUAUGAGUGCGGCCAGUGUGGGAAAGCCUUCAGCCAUCCCUCGUCCUUUCGAGGGCACAUGAGAGUGCACACUGGGGAAAAGCCUUACGAAUGCAGUCAGUGCGGCAAAACUUUCAAUUGGCCCAUCUCCUUACGAAGACAUAUGAGGACACACAGCAGAGAGAAACCCUAUGAGUGCAAACAGUGUGGGAAAGCCUUCAACUUAUCUGCUUGCUUUCGAGAGCACGUGCGGAUGCAUCCAGGAGACCAAUCCUAUCAGUGCAAGCUGUGUGGGAAGGCCUUCUAUUGCCACAUAUCCUUACAGAAGCACAUGAGAAGGCACACGGCGGAGAAACUGUAUGAGUGCAAGCAGUGCGGGAAAGCGUUCAGUUGGCCCGAACUCCUGCAGCAGCACGUGAGAACACACACUGUGGAGAAACCCUAUGAGUGUAAGGAGUGCGGGAAGGUCUUCAAAUGGCCAUCGUCCUUGCCAAUACAUAUGAGAGUGCACACUGGAGAGAAACCCUAUGAAUGUAAGGAGUGCGGGAAGGCCUUCAGUUGUUCCUCAUCCUUAAGAAGACACGUAAGAAUACAUGCUACCGAGAGACACUACUUCUGUAAUGCGGGAAAUUCUGCAGAUGAAUUCAUGCUCCGUGCUGCAGAAAACCCACACCAGGAGAGAAGUCUGAUAAAAGUUGUAAAUAUGGUACUGCCUUUGUGAGAACUCCAUCGAAGUGGACCCAUGGGGCGUGCAGUUCCAGUUCCUUUACAGAUAAAAAAAUGAGGUGCAGAAUAGCUCUCCAAGUACUCAUUUAGCUAUCUUACAAAAGUUUGCAGGUACUGCUUUUUUCC